GAGCGAGGAGGCUGAGGGACUUUCAGUCUUCUUCAUUCUUCACUGAUCAUCAACACGUUUGCAGGCCGCCACACGUCCGAAGUCGUCUUUGCUUGCUUUUUUUUUUUUUUUUUUAAUUUUUUUUUUUUUAUUGUGUCUCGGACGAAGUCUUUGCUGCUGUUCAAGCAGCUGCACGUGCAAGGCUGCAGAAACAUAUUUCAUACUCAGACGAUCAGCACUGUCCGCCUUGCACUUCCGAUGCUGGGAGACAAAGCCCACGGUGUGACUUUGAAGGUUAUGGAAUACACUUAUGAUGACGACCUGGAAGAGUUAUGUCCUGUGUGUGGAGACAAAGUGUCCGGCUAUCACUACGGCCUGCUCACCUGUGAGAGCUGCAAGGGCUUCUUUAAGAGGACGGUGCAGAACAACAAGAGGUACACCUGCGCGGAGAACCAGGAGUGCAAAAUCGACAAAACCCAGCGGAAAAGAUGUCCUUUCUGCCGCUUUCAAAAGUGUCUUAACGUCGGGAUGCGGCUUGAAGCUGUGCGCGCAGACCGCAUGCGUGGGGGCCGGAACAAGUUCGGGCCCAUGUACAAGAGGGACCGGGCCUUGAAGCAGCAGAAGAAAGCUUUGAUUCGAUCCAGCGGCUUCAAGCUGGAGUCCGCGGCGGCUCCCGCUUUGUCCGCCUCGCCCCUGCACGGCGACUACGGCUUCCCUGGUCACGCACACGGCACGGCAGCCAUGCCCAAGCACAUGCUGCCGUCCACGCCGGACUCCAUCACCCCCACGGACUACGAGGUCGCCCUGUACGGCCACGCGUCGCUGGCCGUGCAACCCCACGUUGACUACAGCCCGUACCCGACCUUCCCCGGCCGCGCCAUCAAGGCGGAGUGUCCCGACUACACCAGCUCGCCCGAGUCCCUGCCGGGGUACUCCUACCCGGACGCGUACGCCGCCUGCGCCUCGCCGCAGCCCACCGGGCUGCCGCCGCUGGUGGCGGAGAUGCUGCGCUGCGACCCGGACGAGCUGGCGGUGCAGAGCAAGAUCGUCAGUCACCUGCAGCAGGAGCAGGGUGGCCGGGGACGGGCGGACAAAGCCGGAGCCUUCGGCCUCAUGUGCCGCAUGGCAGACCAGACGCUCUUCUCCAUCGUGGAAUGGGCGCGCAGCUGCCUCUUCUUCAAGGAACUCAGGGUGGGAGAUCAAAUGAAACUGCUGCACAACUGCUGGUCUGAACUUCUGGUCCUGGAUCACAUUUUCAGACAAGUGCAACAUGGGAAGGGAGACAGUAUCCUGCUGGUGACCGGCCAAGAGGUUGAGAUGUCUUCUAUUUUGUCUCAAGGCGAGGCGAUGCUUACAAGUUUGGUGCAAAGAGGACAGGAGCUGGCGGGAAGGUUGCGGGUCCUGCAAGUGGACCGCAGGGAGAUUGCCUGUCUGAAAUUCCUCCUCCUAUUCAACCCCAAUGUGAAGCUGCUGGAAAACCAGGCGUUUGUGGAGGGCGUGCAGGAGCAGGUGAAUGGGGCCCUGCUGGAGUACACCAUGGCCGCCUACCCUCAGUACCAGGAGAAGUUCAGCCAGCUGCUGGUCCGACUGCCCGAGCUGCGCUCGCUCAGCAUGCAGGCGGAGGACUACUUGUGCUACAUGCACCUGAGCGGCGAGGUGCCCUGCAACAACCUGCUCAUCGAGAUGCUACACGCCAAGCGGGCCUGUGUGUAA